AUGAAUUCAAAUAGCUUGAUAGUUAGCAAUACUUAUUUUUCAAUAGAUAAGGCAUUAGAAUAUGUUGGAGACAACUCAAGGUUUUAAAAAGGUGUUAUAAAUAUACUUUCAAUAACAUGGAUGCUUUUCUCUUUUAUGAUUAUGGGUUAGCCCUUUUUGUUUUAAGAGCCAGUAUUUAAAUGCAAAUUCACAGAAACUGAUACCGAUUUAAAAGAAUGUAGUUUUUAGUAAGCAUGUAAGGCUCACUAUAAAGAAAUAGAUAUGUCGUAAAGUAGUGAUUCUGUAACUUUAGAUUUUGAAUUAUAUUGUGAUAGAUAAUAUUUGAUUGGUGUAUGUGGAUCAAUUUUCUUUGCUGGUAAUGCCAUUUCUGGCUUUAUUUUCCCCCCUCUAAGCAAUAAAAAAGGUAGAAAGUUUGCUUUAUGCUUAAGUAUUUUGCUGUCAGGCGUUUCAAUCAUAAUAUGUGGUUUCUCUCAUAACAUAGUUUAAUUUAUGAUCAUGUUUUUUUUCUGCGGAGUAGGGUUAAAUGGUUUUGAGACAAUAAGUUUAGUCUAUGUCUCUGAAAUAUCAGCUGAAAAGUUUAGAAACUACUCAACGAUAUCUCUAGGUUGUGCUUGGUCAAUAGCUUAAAUUCUUUAUGGAUUUAUCACUUAUUAUAUAAGUUCUUGGAGAUAUUAAUGCAUCUUUUUGAUGGGAAUACCCUUUUUAAUAUUAUUUUGGAUUGCUAGAGGAUAUCUAUUAGAAACUCCUAGAUACUUAGUAUCCAAAAGUAGAUUUGCAGAUGCCAGAGCUGUUUUAAAUAUUAUAUGCCAUAGAAAUAAAAAACCUUAAUUUUAGUAUAAACUUGAAGGAGAAGUAGAAGAAGAAAAUUAUUACACUAGUGCUUAUCAGACUCCAGAAGAGAAAUACUCUUCAUAUUAUAACUAUUAGCAAUAAAAUAACUACGGGUACUUAGAUUUGUUUAGAUAUUCUUCUAUUAGAAUAACUACCUUGUACCUAGUCAUUUUUUGGAGUUUCAGAUAUAUGAUUUAUUAUGGGUAAUCUCUUUCACUUAGCAGUCUAGGAGCAGAAAUGCAUUCAAAUCUUACUUUAACUGCUAUUAGUGAAACUGUUGCAAUUCUCAUGAGUGCUCCAAUUAAGUUAAAAAUGAAAAGAAAGCCAUCUUUAUUCUGGUUUUCUCUUAUAACUGCUCUAUGUUGCAUUUCUUUAAUAUUCUUAAACAUACCAGAAAAUUGUUAUCUUGAUUAGCAAGCCUGCAUUUAGAAAGGUCUAAUUGUAUUUUCAGCAAUGGGUAUAAGGUUUGGCAUAUCCGUUUUUGGUGGCAUAUUGAUGACUUAUACUAGUGAAAGAUAUCCAACUGUGGUUAGAAGUUUGGGUUAUGGAAUUUGUAUAGCAAGUGGCAAAAUUAUCACCAUAUUUGUCCCUCUAAUAGUUGUAUUUGUAUAGAGUUAUAACUUAAAUCCGUUAGCAUUUUUUGGAUUUAUAGGAAUUGGUGCUGCUAUUUUGUGUAGAUUUAUCACAGAAACUUUUGGUUAACCACUUUAAGAUUAGCUUGAAGAAACAACUAAAAAUGAAAUUCCUUUAAUCGAAAUGGGUAAUAUGAGUGCAAGUGGUAAAUUAUAAAAAAGUAUGCUUUGA